CAGAGAUUUAAUAGAUACCAACGAUGUGUUCUUCAGAAAAACUGCAACGCUGGUCCCUACACGAAUAGAAACAAGCAGUUUGGUGAAGUUACGGUUUUGACAUACUCACGUGCUGCGUGACACGUUCAUUUGCGGCAGGUUCCGCUCAUGCGCCGAGACACGGUUGCCUAAAAGCACAUGUCUCUCUCAUCCUGUUGUAGUACACUACUUGCUGAAUCGCCCACUAAUCGAUAGGCUGUGAGGGAAAGUGAAUUUGGACAUGAUAGUUCAGAUUAGGUGGUUUCCCUGUCUGGAGUGGCUCUCCCUGCCAACAAAUAAUUUGCACCUUCUAUGUUCACGUUAAAUCGAUUAAACCCAUGUGGGUGACUCGAGAUAAACUUGCCAUCAGCACGAACGCCGUGAGGGUGGGGUCAGGAAGGAAGCUGGUUGGUAACCUCUGUGACUGGUGCGACAGGAGUAUCAACCCUACCAAACCCUGUCUGGCUGGCGAGUGAGUCCAAAUUAAUGCGGCUGUUGAGCAUUUUCUCGGUACGCGGAUCGAACGUGAGCAUCAGAGGAAAGAAAAUCAUUUCGCCUUUGGCGAAGACAACGUGAGCAUACACCACAUCCGCAAGGUACCUCUGAACAGCACUGUCUUUCCACAAUGCCCUUCAGGCGUGAGACUCAAACACUGCCACGUACGGAUCGAUUUUUCUCAGCGGUGAGAAAGCCUCAGACGCAGCUUUAUUCAAUCAUCAAUAAGCGCUUUCCGCUUCCUUACAAACAUUCAUUUGACACAGUUUUUUCCAAUUCGUCGUGAUGAAUCAAAGUACGUUGACUACGCUGGGUGGCCAAACUGUAGUCGCUUCACGUUGAUCGGUCGUCUCAUCCUUGGGUAACCGCCAAGACUUCUUUUUAACGGAUAUGCAAAGUGUGACCUCCACGCAUAUGAGUCACCGUGACUGCGUUGUUGUUUUUAAUGAGCUUCUCAAAACCUUGUUGAAGCAACAUAUUCAGGACCGCUUAUCUUUGGUGCCUUUUCGCCGAUGUGGUGGAGCGCGAGGUGCAUGGUGUGUGCGCGCACCACAUGCGAACGUGGCACAGUGCACUAGACUACGCACUGUUCGCGAUCUGGGACGAAACUUGUUAGAAGUUUAAGAAAGCAACGAAACUUCACUAAUUGCUAGCUCCGGAAGGCGGGAGAUUCAUGGAGGCGCGGACGAUGUCGUAAUCUGUGUGUUCUUUCCCCGGCUUUCCCAUUUCUUUAAGGGUUGGUUAUCCCGUUGAGAUAGCUGUUCUCAAGUCGUGCUCGCUAUUAGAGCCUGGAGGGCGGCCCCACUAUUGGCGCUUUUUCCUUGGUGUCGAAUGUGAGCCCUUUUAAGAAAGGGAAGCGAAUUCAAUUUAAAUGUGAUCCGUGUAACGUUUCAUAAUGCACACCUGUCAAGCCAUUUUCUAUUCGUGUCUAAAAUGCGAUAAUGAGCACCCUUGGCUUAGACUUGUCAACGCCCGGUUAACUGGCAGCUUUUCAAAACCUUGUCACAAACACAAAAACCCGUCUUGUCAGUUUUUUAACUAUUUCGCGCUGGGGGCCAAAUUUGGGAAAAAGUGAUUCUCCCUUUAGAUUCGACUGCUGGAUUGACUGUUGGUUCGGCCUGGGAUGGUAUUUUUAGAUUGGUGCACGAGAUCGGAAAAUGUUUGCAUUUUUAAACCGAAAGUUCAAUCCAACUGUGCACAUUUUCACCCUCUUUUUCCGGCUGGCCACCCUUACUUUUCCGUCCUCCCUAGUCCAUGUGCUCUCUGUCUUCCAUCAUUCAUCUUUGAUCAUGUCUGUUUCUGCUCGCAAUUUGCGCUGCAAACUGCGACGCUAAUUGCUUGGAAUGGCCCGGUGGUUUUCGGGCUAAAGGGAAAAGUGAAAAAGACACCUAAAGUCGUCGUCAAACCUACUGGUUCGUGCGCAUAACUCUUCUUGUUGUGAAGCCACAAAGAAAGGGGAAAGACACGCGAUGACUUUGACUGCGGGUUCCACCGGCCUCUGGCAUCAUUUCAUACGGUUACCGUCACUCUAUGCAUUCAAUGAACGACUGUUUAACUUGCUGAUUCCAGCCCCCUACCCGUGUUCUGGAGCGAUCCUGCGUUGAUGCAGCUGUUUCAAGGAGGUCUUUCCAGUGCCAACAACUUCCGUCAAAAAGCAAUCUGACCCCAUAUAUCACCGGCCGGGUAUCUCGUCGGCGCACCUCCCACACCAACUCAGUAUUGUUGCUUCCAAGUUUGUUCAACUUGCCGUGCUCGUUUUUCUUCACCCAUACAGGGCUUUUUUCAGGGCUUUCGCAGCUUCAUGGUUUGGCUGACUCUCAAAAGGUGACACCCGUCACGGUAGUCACGAUCAGUCGAGUUCGACGACCGUCCUGGAGAACCACCGAGGUUCUUGUGUUCUCCAGUGCGACCUUUAUUGGAUUCAAUACUGGACACACUACUCCGUGAUCAUGUUUGUGUCAGCAAGUUGUUUUCUGCUGGAACUUAUAAAGAAUUGCGGCAGCCUGAUUUGCGUUACGCUCUUGCUUUGAGGGACUUGAGCUUCGGUAUCUGCGUAGAUCGAUGCCCCUUCUGCGUGGAUUCUCCGGUCGUUUGUUUCCGUUGUUUCUAAUGGUUGACGUCAGUCGCAAUUGAACAUUUGUAUCUGUGACCAUGCACGCCUCCUUCGUGCCUGCGCCACCACCACCGCCAGAACCGCCUGCAGUUUUGCGGGCCAUGACUCGGCCGGAACUGACAGGGCGGAGCGGCCCCGUCGGUGGCCCUCCAAAUCCUCCCCUGUUGUCUUGUCCUCGUCGCGGUCCCGGCUCCGCAUCAGCCGGUCAUCCACAUCCUCCCGUUCCCAGAGCCCCGCCAGAUGCGCCCACAAAUCAGCAGCUGUAUGGGGUCUCCAGACAUCAGCCGCCCCCACCCGCCUCUGCGCCACCGCAAGUGGGAGUCGGUCUGCUUCCUAUUCCUACGGGCAAUACGUUUACUUGCUCUCGGAGAGGCCCUCCACCCCCUCCUCCCUUUAGCGAACGGGAGGAACGCGAAAGCGACGCCUUUGCUACACGGGCGUCGGGCACUGUAGGCAUUAGAGCAGUAAGACUUCCAGAGUCUCAUCCCGCCGCCAGGGGGCCCUACCCUCAGACCGAGGUGCUCCACAUUUCGAGGCGUCACAGUGCUCAUGAAACCGCAAAUUGUCUGGAUCUCUCACACCGCGGAGACGCAGACCCUGCGGAGACGCCUCAGAUGUCCCACGGAGACCCCCCGCCUCCUGUGUCCUCCCGCGAACGUCAGGACAACGCCCAAAACCUAGAUGGCUUCCGACACCUCCAUCGUCAACACGCUGAUUAUUCCUACGAGGAUGCGGGCUUCUGUGAUCACGACAGGCUAAGAGGACCUCGGGAUUUUUCACUGCCCCAAGAGCCCAGGGAGGCGUUCAAUCGAGAACCCCGGCAGGGCAGAGAGCAAAGCCCUGUGGUGCUGGUUCUACAGUCAAGGCAUGGCGACCGCGGGGAUAGCCGACAGUGGCCGCCUGAAAGGACAGAUCAGCGACAGUACGAGACAGACAAGGACCUCGAAAAGGGUGAGUAUCGUGCCGUACUUAAAGACAGGCCCGAUUCCCCUGGUCGCCGCAGUCGCAUGGACGACGAACCUAACUCGUCUGAUUUUUCGCCUCGCGAAUGUGUGCCAGCCGAUUUCAGCCGAGCUACAGCAGGAGGUACGUUUUCGGAACCUCAGAUUCCCCGCUGGCAAUCACGUGAACUCGACCAACGCUCAUAUUCACCGCACGGGCCGUCUAGAUCUGGAGCCCCCAUGGCACCCCCUGUACAGUGCAGUGCACCUAAGGGAAAAACACUUGUGUCUCUCUCCUGUAACCCUGCGUACGAGCAGCAAAGGUUGCGCAAGCAUCCCCCACGUCUAUGCACACGCAGAUGUAGCCCUGCUCCACCGACCGGACAUAGGCUGCCGCUCCCCCGAGUCGCAAGCUUCUCGAGGGAAGUCGAGUCUCUGGCUGCCUCAUAUAGUCCACUGUCACAACACCACAUCGAUUCAAGUGCCCCUUGUCGCCGUGCAAGUAUUCCGCUAGAACCCUUUUCACGCGCUGCCUCCCCAAGUCCUGUCAAGUGGCAGUCUGCGGCGCCGGCAUCGUUGCGGCGAACUGAACACAGGAGACCUUGCCUCGUGGAAUCAGUGAGCUGUUCCAGAAAUGACACCGUUCGGAGGGGCCGGUGCUUAUCUCCGAAGCCUCCGAUUCCCUCCGAAAGGGAACACUGGGCGAAGUACCGGAGAUUUAGUGAUAGCUCGGGCCGAAGCACCCGGACGCCGCCGUCGCAAUUCCGUGGAGAUGCGUCCCCCUCUCAGCGCAGCAAUUCCGCCUGGAAUGAUCGAUCAUUUACACAGUCCCCCUCAUGUCGUGUUUCAUCCCAAUCUCCUAGGCGUUUGCCUGUUCCUACCAUCCUCUCAGCUCCGUCUACGUCGUCGCAGUGCGCAUCCCGCCAGCUCCCUCCGCUUCGCGUUAACAGCGCCUCCGCCACCGACUGGAGGAGAUUUCCGAGCAGUGAGAGUCCUUCGCGCAUUUUCAGGGAGAUGCCUCGCAGAUUUGAAGGCGCAGACACGCCGCGGCGGUCCAGAGGCCUGUCCUCUCCUCGGCACAGCGGUUUUCCCUGGCAUCAGCCUCCGAGUCAACUGACGCCUUCGCCGUGUUCGCAAGCUCUUUCGCGUCUGCCGCCAUCUCCCAUAACGCCGUUUGGCGUCGCGGGGCCCCAGAGGUCCCCCGGCGGGGCGCCACCCUUGCCGGUCGAACGCAGGUCCCCGCAGAACUCCGGCAGUCUCGACGACCGGAGGCUCGGAGGCAGCGACGGACAAAGAGGGGAAGGCAAGAAGCGCUCGCGCGACUUUCCGCAGGAUGAUGUCUCGCCGCUGCAGCCUGCGGCGCCGCCCGUUGUCCUGACUGUCCGAGGGGGACUUAGCCACUCGCGAAGUGGGCUGGAGGUAGAAGCAGGCAGACCCGAGUCUCGCCCCGCAACAGAGAGGCAGAGGCGACGGAAGCAGCGCCAGCAGCAACGCCGACAGAGAGCGCGCAGGCGCCAGCAGAACCAGCAGGAAUCUUGCACUGGGGGGUCCUCGGUGCGAGAAAGUCCCCGAGACAACCACAGUGUGUGCGGCCAGGACGAGGAGCCGGAGCGCUCUUCGAGAGGAAACCAAACGGUUACGGCGACGUCAUCGUUGCCCCUAAUGGUGCGCCGCGCCAGCAACCUGAGUGAGUCUACCGACAGUGACCAAGAGGCAGAGAGAGCAACCGGGGAAGAGCGCCAGCAGGACAACGAUGACCCAUGGGCUGCGUCACUCGAAGACAUCGAACAUCACUUGAAGAAGAGGAAAACGACGGACUUCGAUGUCGCGGCGAAAUCGGCGCAUUUCCCUGAGCGCGUCGACGCAACAGCAGCAAUCGACUUCCCAGCUGGUUGCCAGGUGCCGCCGAACUGCGAUGAACUGUUUCUGCCUCCGUGGCGAGAGCGACAGAAAAGCUCGAACGGACGAGUUGUCUACCAGUUCGAACUCCUUCAACAGGGGCAUUUGGCCGCCCCGUGGCACCGACUUACGGGGGCUUCGUCCCCAGACGGGCACCGCAUCUCGCAACAUGCCGUGGUCGCAAAGUGCUCGUCUAGACACUCGCAGAACCCGCAUUCCUUUGGAAGGGGGCGGCAAGAGCCUUCUGUAGGAAGAGGGAGAGAGCCACGGUUCGAGUCACAAAUGGUCUCGAGUGUUGACGGGGAAUGCAACCCUCCGAAAGAUUCUUAUCCGCCUGCUUCAUGCACUGACGGAGAUCACGGACGCGCUGAUGAUACGAUCUAUGAUAGCGGCCUCGCUGCCAGAGGUCCAGGGAGCAGCUGCUCGAGCAACUCGAGCCGAAGGACAAGCAUGAGCACAUGUCACAACCAGGAACAAUGGGGAACAGAGCAUACUCGCGGCAGCGAAAAUUCUGACACAUGUUUCUGGACGAAUGAGAGAGUCCAGCGUUCUCUGCUAACGCCGUCCACGCGAGCGCCUACGGAAGGGGAAGGCAACCAAGACUCGCGGUUCCAUGCUGGGGUAAACUAUGAAGAGUGUGAGGCGCAAAAGGACGAGUCGUUUAGAAGGGAAAGUGAUACAAUUCGGUCAACACGAUGCUACGAUGCUGCACAGGAGGGCUGGUGGAGCGACUGGACAAUUCAGUUGAAAAAACGAGAAAACCGUGUGCACGAGAAAGAUGGCCAUAGCAACAUGAUGCUUCCCCCAGUACAGUGGUGCUAAUAUGAGACGGGGGCCCGCAGGCAGAAAAUGAGAGUAGGAACGUUGUGUAACUCAACUUGUAAGCUAGCCACACUUGCGGGGUGGUCACAGUCGUAGAUCAUGGUGCCCCACGAGGGCUGCUUUUAACCCCCAGAUGGCGGGCAAACCACAAUUGAAGAUGUCGACAGCUCGUGGAGCCGAACAAUGUUACAUAUCACAUGUUGAGAAAGGUGAAAACGUGAAGCGAAUGGACGGCAACACAACGAACGGGCUUCUAGCAUACGUUAAUAAAAACCUGUCGUUUUCAUGCUGUGUGCAAAGUUUGGUGCAGUAACCGGAGAAAACGCGCCAGUGAGGGCGUGGACUUCGGAAGGAAGUCUAACGAGCAGAAGCCGUAGAAUAUCAAAACUCGACGAGGAACCGCACGCGCCCCAACUCCAGCGUAGCAUUAUUGUCUCAUUUGUUGGUAUGCUGACAUUUUUAGGCUUAUACAAAGUCAGAUUCACGGUAUAGCUGUAGAUAAGGAAAUGCGCUAGUAUCUGCAAAAAUGUGGAUUCGCUGACAGUUGAGUCCAGAGUUGCAAACCAUUCAGGUGGAUCCAGGAAAACGACAUCCCGUAACAGGUUUGCCCGCUGUCCUGGUUUGAAGAAGUGAUGUCCUACGCGAAAAUCUGCUGGUGUGGCAAAGAGUAGCCAGUCUCCGUACUUGUACCACUGGCGCUUCAGAGUAUCCCAGCGAAACACUCAAUGCCUACCUCGGCG